CCAUAAAACACAGGUAGUAGUUAACCCAAAUCUAUGUGGUGUCAGAGCUGGAUAAGACAACAACAGUGUAUGGGGCGGGUAGCACUGUUUGCUGAAUUGUCCAACCAAAACAAUGAAGAUCCUUGUCACUCUAUUAUUCAAUUUCAAUGGCAAUGCCCAUUCCUUCUUCCUCCCAUCUGAAAUAUAACCACAAUUACAGUGGCUCUCUUACUCCUAUAAAGCCUAAAUUCCCUUCUAAAUUUUGCAGACCUAGGAACUUAAAAUUAACUUACAGGGGAUCCGCAGCCUCAGCUUCAGCUUCAGAACCCACACUAAGUAGCUCCAGCGCUCCUGCUGCUGUUAAGGAGAGGGGAAUAUGGGUAACACAGUCGGGCCAUUUUUCCGUGGCCGAUUCUCAGCUCAAUUCCAGUGGUUUUGAGCUCCAUAGGACCACAGACAAUCUGGAUUUGGACCAGCUAAAUGCCCUUUUCGCCAAGGUAGGGUUUGUUCGCCGUGAGAAGGAGAAGCUUAGGCGCUCUCUGCACAACACGCCGUCCGUUAUCUGGCUGGAGUACAAGAAAUCCGGCAAGGUUGUUGCUUUCGCCAGAGCCACCGGAGAUGACGUGUACAAUGCAGUUAUAUGGGAUGUGGUGGUGGAUCCCUCCUUUCAGAGGUGUGGUUUGGGCAAAGCCGUUAUGGAGCGUUUGAUGUCUGAUUUACUGGAAAAGGGCAUUACUAAUAUUGCUCUCUAUGCUGAACCCGAUGUGUUGGGGUUUUACAGGCCACUGGGAUUCAUUGCAGAUCCUGAUGGCAUCAAGGCCAUGGUAUAUUGUAAGAAGAAACAAAAAUAACAAAUAACAAUAUGUGUGUAUCUGCUUUCAGAAGAAUUUGAUUGUGGGUUUGUUUCAGCGCUCUAA